GAAGCCAAAUCAGCACAUGCCAAUGUGCCUUUACUGCAGUUGCUGUCUCCAACUUUGAGACGGGAACUGGAGUUUGCGCGGAACUCUGGACCUAUGGAGAAAUUGGAUUUCAUCAAUGAGCUGCUUCCGACCGAUGACCUACAAGUCCUGCAAGUGAUGCAGGAUUUGGCUGUGAAUGCCAUGACAGAUCUGGUGGCUGCCACCAAAGAUGUGAUCUUUCUUUGCGGCCGCACAGCAGACCACGCCUUCUUGAAGAUCAAUGGACCAUUGAGCUACUUCUAUAGCCAGGAGGAUGAGGAGAAACAAUUAGCACUGACUGAGGAGUCCUGGGUUUCUGAAAUUUGUUUAUGGGCCAAUUCGGUAUAUCAAGGUGACUUGGUGGCGGAGGAUGUGUCCAGUUUGGUCCUGUUGGAAGUGGGGCCCUUCUGUCGCAUCGUGUCUCAAUGUGCUACGACGCAUCGCGCAGCCAUUCGCUACUGCAGCCAUUUCCUCCAGAACUGGUCCACUUGGUCCAAACUUCAGCCGUGCUGCACGGAUCUGGCGCCGGGCUCCAUGAUGAGCUCGUUUAGCGCCACCUCGGAGGGCUCGCGGCCGCACCGGGGCUGCUGCGCGUGGCCGGCCAUCGCGCGGGGCAGCGAGACGGUGGUGCCGCAGUGA